AUGUCUCAAUUACAAGUGCCGUGUAAUCAGUGCGCGCAAUGCUCUUUAUCAAUAUCAGCCGUUCAAUAUGUACGUUGCUACCAAUGCAAUCGCUGUUUCCACUUUAGUCCAUGUUGCUCUCUCUCAGAGAGCUCGCAUGCCAGUAUGAGCCAGACAAAAAAGAACGAUUGGAAGUGUCAUGUUUGUAAACCGCGGAAAUCCCCCAACAACAUAUACAAAACAUUUGUUUUCGGUGAUACAAACACAAACCAAAGCAGUGAGUCUCCCAAAAACAUUGAAAAACAACACAAACAGCAAAGAGUUGAUGAUGAGACUAACAACAACAACACCAAACGUUUCAAAGAAACUGAGGCAUCCUCAACGGUAAACACACAGAAUGACAUAGCUGAACUUAAGAAUGGCAUGGUCGACUUAAAAAGCACUAUGCAGCAAAUUGUCAUGAGCUUAUCAUCACUGAGUAGCGAUCUAAAAAAUCAUAUGGACAGUGCCUUAGCAGAGAUGAAUAAAAAUGUAGCGACUAUUGCAGCUCAAGUGUGCGAACUGCAAAGGAAGGAUGAAGAGAAGGCAGCAAAAAUAAAUGAACUAACAAAACGUGUACAACAACUUGAACAAAAGUCUAUAGAAAACAACAUCGAAAUUAAUAACGUGGAGAAUAUGGAAAUUGAAACAGAGGUUAUUGUAAAGAGAAUAGCUGAUGCUCUUGGAGUGGACAUGACUUCGGAGCAUAUGAGCAAAGCUUAUAAAAUAAAAAGAAAAAAUAAGAUUAUCGUUGAAUUCGCAACCCACCAUAAGAAAAAAGAGAUAAUGAGCAAAUUAAAAGGCCAUCGGAUUCAUGCAAGUGUUGUUAGAGGAGAAGAGAACAGCGAAGGUGACGAUUACGUCUAUAUAAAUGAUGAACUAACACCGCAUAUUAGGCGUAUUUUAUGGGCUGCUAAAACUAAGGCGAAGGAAAACGAAUGGAAAUUUAUAUGGAUUCGAAAUGGACACAUUUAUGCCCGGAAAAAUGAAAACUCCCCUUUUAUCAUAAUAAAUAAUGCAUCUGAUUUGGAAUUGAUAACCAAAUCAAUUUAG